AUCCGGGAGUGUUUGUCGCCGUCGGCUGCUGUUCGCGACUCCGAAUGAUUCAAUCGAAACGAGCGCGGGGUUGAAUGCAUCGCCCUGACACGCUUCCUCUCUCGCACGUUUACCAGAGCGCGCGGCUGGCAUGUGACAGCGCCCCGUCGUCGUCGUCGAGCCCGAGUGCGAGAAUGAGCGGCGAAAAGUUUCCCGACAUCCGAGUCGUGGUCGGGAUUCAGUAUUUCAGCGAUGUGCCGGCCUCGACCAAGUGCCAGCCCACGGUGCUGGGAGCCGUGGUUCUCGAGAGUAGUGCUAUCAGUGCGGACGAACUGCGGCGCAUCAUGUGCGACCAGCUACCCUCGCUGCCGACCCACUUCACUUUCGUCACCAAGGAGAGGUGGCCUGUCCAGAAAUCGCAGGAGCAUCUCGUCCGGGUCUCUCAUCUCAUGACAGAGGAUAGGAUAGUCAGCAUUUGCAGGCAUUAUGAAAAGCCAAGGAUAGGAGUCAUGUCGACAGGUGGCAGCUCCCUCGGGUUUGUCUUCAGCGACUACAAUGCUGUACUGAGGCAGUUCCGGGAGGCCAUCAUUGAUCAGUUGCAUGAACCCAAGAGGGCCGGGCGGCCAGAGUUCCGGUUUGUGGAAGACAACGGCUGGCCGGUGACGACGCGCCAGGAGACGUCGCUGACGGUGCUGGACGUGAUGAGCAACCGGAGCCUGUUCAUUCAGAUGGGCGCCCUGCCCACGGGCGACGCGGCGCCCAACAGCAUCAUGGCACCGCCGCUGAGCAACGCCCUGGUGGCGCCGCGCUCUCAGAUGUCGGUGGCAGCGCUGCCCCCCGAGGAGUGGGACGGCAAGCGCAAGAAGUCCGUGCGAUUUGGCAGAAAUGAACCAAAGCCCAUUCUUAUAAGUUAUGUACGAGCUGAGACUGCACAGCAUGCUCUGAACCUCAAGCAGGAGUUACACAAAAUGAACUUCAGUGUAUACCUCGACAUCGAUGAGAUCAAGAUUGGAAGUGAUUGGCAGGAUGCACUCAAUUAUGCAGUGAGUGAGUGUCACUUAUUUGUGCCUCUAAUCAGUCCCAUGUAUGGCAAGACACAAUGGACAAAUCGAGAGGUCAAACUAGCAGACGUGCUUCACAAAGUGAUCAUACCUGUAAACUUCCUUGAGACCUGGCCACCAGAGUGCCUUGCUAUUCAAUUUGCAUCUACGCAGUACAUAGCGGCUUGGAAAACUUCAGAACAUGAAACAGGCCAGGGCAAGCAGAACCGGCCAAUGGAUCAGUGCCCUGAUCUUGCAGCACCUACUGCCUCUACUCCCACAGUAGAGGGUUAUAAAUAUGACUACAGAGUGUGGGAUGAAACUAAUUUAAAAAGAGUUGCCAAAGAGAUUGCUGAACGUUACAGACAGACAGUCAAAAAGGAACAAAUCGCGGAACGUCGAAGCAAGACAUCAAGCCUAAAGAUCAAGCGAACUUCGCACUUAAGCACUCUUGCCACCGUUGAUGAGCAGUCAAUAAUGCGAGUUGGUUCUUCGUCAGAAGCAACUGCUGCCCUUUCUGCAGCAGAGCCGCUUGAACCUGUGGAGACUAAGGAGCUCAUUGUGAUAACAGCGCAUCCAAAACAAAAAGAGAUGGCACAAGUUAUUGCAAGAAUGCUUGAGCAAGAUGGGUUCAGAGUCUGGAGCACAACAGAACUGAAUGAAACUAGAGAUAGCUGUUCAGACACAGAAAGCAUUCCUACCAAUCCUAACACACCUAGGGAGCUUGCACCCAUUCCAGAAGGUGAGAGAGUAUUCAGCGACACAUACAGAGAUGCCAACAACCGCAUCCUUGAACACAAGCGGCUAAGUUCACUUAGAGAGCAAGAAGCACCUGGAUAUGCCACAUAUUCUGUCACAGAAGGCCGUUCCGUGUGCCGCCUGACGUCACAGGCUAGUGACGCAAGUGUUGUAUCUAUGCUUGCGGGAGAGAAACUCGAAAAGCUGACUAGAUUCCAACAAAAGGCUGUUCAGGCCAAAGUUGUCAUUGUUUUGAUUACAAAAGAAUUCACAGCAUCACGCACCUCUGAACAGCAGGUAUUCUACAUUGAACACAGAAAACAUGUAGUUUUAGUCAAGUGUGAUGACUGCCCGAUUCCAUGCUGGUUUACAUCACUGAUGGGCAAUGACAUAAUUUCGAGAGACAACCCGGAGUUUGAAAACAUACUGAGGAUUCGAAUAAGGCGUGCAACAAGCCCUGAUACUUCAGAAACGCCAAAGGAUGCUGCUGCAGAAGCCACAAUGCAAUGCCUGGUCAGCUUCAUCAAGAAGGAAAUCCCAAAUCUGGAAACAUGCGUGUACAUUGCUGGGAGUAGCAAGCUGCAGUCUGCAAGAUCAGUCGAAAUAUGCAAGGAGAUUGGCAAGGAGCUUGCGAAGAGGCCAAACCUGGCUGUUGUGACGGGAGGAUUUUUUGGUGCACCUGAUGUUGUAGCAAGGAUGUUUCAUGAAUGCCGAGUAAACAAUGGUCACACUGACCCUCGAGUCUUCCACAUACUGCCAAAGCGUGAUGACAAGAUUUUCACUGGGAAAGUACAGCAAAACAGUGAUGGUUCUUUCGCUGCAGUGAACUAUGGGCGAAACUUGUUCCUUGGGAAUUCAGUUAAAGAGCGUGAAAGUGCAGUGGCACGCGCUUUCGACACCUGCAUUGUGGUAGAAGGUGGUCCUUGUGCAGCUCACGAGGUUGAACAAUUCGUCUGGAGUGAUCACUUUGUUGUGCCUGUAGUCUCGACUGGAGGAGCAGCUGGUGGUCAGUUUGGCGUGCCUCUCAAGAUCUUAGAGACUCCCCAUGGCAUCACUGAAGAGAAGUGGUCUGUCCUGUCUGAGAAAGAAGCAACACCGACUGAAGUGGCCAAGGCUGUUGUGGAUAUUGUUCUGCAACUCAAGCGAGCCAUGAUUUCCCACACUAAAUCACACUUGGUGCGUAACAAGUACAAAAAGCUCAAGAAGCGCAACAAACAUGGCCGGGAACCAGUUGAGCAGCAGACAACAGAUUCUUCACACACCACAGACUCUGGUCCCACUCCAAGUGUCAAGCCAACAGUGUCUUUUCGCAACAUAUCCCACUGGCAAAGAAUACUGAACUACUUUCGCAAGAAGUCUACUUCCUAGCAUUGCUUUCCAAAGGUCAUCCAUCGUAUAAGUGGGGACACUCCAAAGAACAAACUAUUCUAGUUGCACUUGGACAGCCUUGAUGCCAUGUCUAGGCAGACUGGUGUGCAAGUCAUCGUGUGCAUUUUAGUUUCCUGGAAAGUCACUGACUUCCAUUCACUGAGAAUGAAAGUGAAUUUCUGUGUUGUACAAUGGCACUUCAACAGCCUGCAUGCAAGCCUCAUCACAUCUUGUAGUAAUUAUCAUACAUCACAUCUUAGCCAUGAGCACAGCAAAUUUGUUUUGUGCAGCCAAAACUUAACUUUAUUGAGGUAUUAGAGAUAGCACAUGUCAUCCCAUCAACAACUCAGCAGGUGCUGCCUCUUUUUUUUUUCCCCUCUUAAAGGCCAACAUGUUAUCACAGUUUGAACCAACUUGCAAGCAGAUGUGACCUGCCCAGCAAGCUACGCCAAACGCUGAACAGCAUUUAUAUAUAUAGCCUGAGUACAGAACUGAUCACAAUGAUUGUACAUAGUGUUGUCUACACAUGAAUAAACUAUCACCUCUGCUGAACCACUCUCACUGGUUGGCAUGCAGCAGAAAGAGCCCAGUGUAGAAAUUAAGCCAACCCACGCUAUGUACAUGUGUGCCCAAACAGUCUCUUUCCUUGCUGAGGCUCACGUCAGCUUGAGGCGUUGGCUGAAGUCCUUCUGUUGCUGCUCCUUCCACUCCUGCUUGACAUAGGUGCGCUUGAGCAAGCCAUCCCAGUUAAGGUCGAGAAGGCCACCCUGCUCGGCAAUCUUAGACUUGACUCUGUUGGCAAACUCCACUGAUGACUCAUCAUCCUGGAAAGAGCACGGAAGACUCAUCUUGAAGGGGUGCUGACACAAACAUAUUGGCUUCUUUUUUUUUCUGCUACAGUGUGUUGCUGGAGGCCUGUUAGUCAUAAAACGAAACAUCGUUUGUUGCAGUGUGCAGCAGAAAAUUAAUUACAGGCUCCUCAUUACCAACAAGUCCCAGUUUCAGUUUGAGAGACCUCCAAACACGACAAGCCACUGAGUGCAACUAUCACAACCUAGCGUGUGCAAUUUUCAACCAUGUCAGCACCAUAGGUGAGCGAACUCACUCAUGACUCAACUCACUCAGACCGAGCAGUGAAUCUGAGCGAGUCCGGCUGAAGAAAAUUUUCGUUAGUCUGAGUGAGUGUGAAGUGCAGUAUAUAUUUCUUGAGUGAGUCUGAGCGAGUUUCACUCUCUUUCGCUGCUUAAGGUCAGCACACAAAACUGUGACGCACUUCCACAUAGUCCACAUAAAAAGUCCUUUCGAACAGGAAACAGGACAGCAGGGUCGGAAAACAGAAAACUUCCAACGCGUGCGCCGCGGUCACAAACUCGCAAGCAACUGCCGAGUAAUAGUCGGUUGGUGCAAACGUGGCGAAAGAAAAAUGACGGCUACGACACCAUCAUAACUUGUUGCAGCAACGUCACACAAAGGAAUUAAGAAAGGUCACCAAGGGUCACCUUUGGGGUGUCAACAGCGUGAGAGAGUCAACCAUUCGAGCAAAUUUCGAAAUUCAUUUAAAAUAUCUUCCAAGCUGUAUUUGCUGCUAUUUAGCAGCUAAGAUAUGCAUGUUCCCAGGAAUCGAUCACACAGGCUAUCUCGGCUGGUGUCAGUACCCCUUUAACACUGUCAGCAUUCGACCACGGCAUUGCAUUAUUACAAAAGAAAAAGGCAGCAACAGCUAAGUAGAAUAGGCAUAUGUAAUCAUGACAGAGGCACAAUCAACAACUAUACAGAGCUUUAACCCAAAGUAUGUGCCCUUUGACAUUACUGCAAUGCACUCAGGGUAAUGAGAGAUGCAAUCAAAUACAUAGUAAGCAUGCCACCGAUCACAUUCCCCACAGAGUUAUAGCAGUACACACGAAGCUCACAAGGCGCUGUACUUCAUUCAUGUGUCUCAGAAUAAAGCUCUGCAUCAUUAUGGCAACCAGCCAUAGAUGAGAGAUGCUGCAAUACUAUGAAUUUCACUUGUGAAGCAUUCAAAUGUUUGUGUACUAGCAAAUGAAAUGUCUAUUAAAUUAUUGUAUUUGGUCA